AUGGCAGGCGGACCAUCUUUAGCUUCUUCUGGAGCAAUUCUUUUUGUUGCCAUCCUUGCUGCAAUCUUCUAUGCAGGGGAAGUGCCACGAGCGAGAGUGGUGCUGGGCUUUGGGAGGGAGAAAGCAAGCACUGUUGUAACAAACUCCAAAGACUUUUACGCAAUCCCGGAUACAGUCCAUUGCGAAGACAUCCAUUACCAUGAACCGAGUAACCUCCUUUUCACCGCUUGCGAAGGCAACGAAGCUACCCGAUAUGCGUGGUUCCCGGGCCUGGCCCAUUUCGAUGACCCUACGGUUGGUCUCAAGGCACAAGGUGCCAUUGAAGUCAUUGAUCCUCGGACAAUGAAGGCGAAGAAGCUCAAGUUCACCAACUUCAAUGGUCCAUUUAUUACCCAUGGCAUCGACGUCAUCGACGAUCCUGAUAAGCCGAAAGGCACGGCCGUUUAUAUAUUUGCCGUAAACCAUAUCCCUAGCCCAGCGUAUAGCGAGAACAAAAACACGAAGGAACACAAGGCACGGUCUAUUAUUGAAGUGUUUCAUUACGUCAUUGGCGGUGAUACCAUUGAACACAUGCGUUCAGUUUGGGAUCCGCUCAUCACGACACCAAAUGACAUUGUUGCCGUGUCGCCGACGUCCUUUUUUGUGACCAACGACCAUUUUUACAGAGAGGGCCUCAUGCGGGAGAUUGAAACCGCCUUCUUUGGGGCAAAAUGGAGCAACACCAUCUAUGUCGAGUUCACCGAGCUCACCGAUGGAUCGUUCCGGGACGACGAUCACGAAGUGAAGGCAGCCGUUGCACUCGACGGUGUGCAUAACAACAAUGGACUUGGCCACGGCCGAACACCCUCUGAGAUUUUGGUUGUGAGCUGCGCCAGUGGCAGGAUUCAUGUUGGCGAUAUUAGUCAACCAAAAGACGGAAAGACUUUGCCAACCAUUACUGUCAAGCAAGCUGUCGAGUUCGACUCCAUUGUAGAUAAUCCCAGCUGGUUUCGGGAUCCGUAUGCUAACAAGACCUACGAUGCGAGCGGCAUUGUUGGCGCUGGACUCACAAGAGCUGCCGAUUUGUCCAAGAGCCACAACGACCCUCGAGGAACUGAUGGCUCCAUGGUAUGGAAAGCUAGUCCUCCCCGCGGCAAAUCAACUGACAAGGGAGGCAAAUGGGUCAACAAGUUGCUUUUUGAGGACGAUUCAACUCGUCUUCGAACAGCAAGUGCGGCUGUUCUUGUCGCCAUUGAUCCGGCAAAGGAGAAAGGCGAGCGGAAAGCUUGGUUGUUUGCGACAGGGUUUAUAUCCAAGAGCGUAAUUGCUGUCAAGGUUGCGUUGUAA